GACUAGAUCCACUACGCGACAGAUGUAUGUACCGUAAUGGACAAACGGCUAUUUAUAACUCUAGGCAAACGGUCGAGAUACAAGAAACUUGAAGCAUGAUGUAGUGAGGUGUAGACCUACUUUCAGAAGCAUAGGCAUUGAUUGCAGCGUGAAAAAUGGGCCAAUUUGAUGACUUGAGCCCCGAAGAAAGAGAACAGGUAAAGAAAUUUCGUGACAGAGGGUUCCUGGCUUUGAAGAAGAUAUGUCUGAUUCAGCUGGGCCUGGCCUCGAUCUCCGUGAUUACCGGGAUCGUUGCGGUAUCCUUUGCUGCCAAGAACCCACAGUUCCCGUACAUUAUCGCCGCACCGGUCUGGAGCGGGGUACUGGUUGCCAUUGGUGCCGCGUGUGGAUCUCAGGCUUCCACCAUUGGCUUCAACAAAGACGACGUUGCAACUAAGGUCAAGGCCCUUGUGAUUCUACAUUAUGUUUUCAACGUCUUGUGUAUUACAAUCUGCAUUGCAAGUGCAGUGUUCGGUAUUCUCGGUGUGGUGUUCUGUCGGUCAUCGGACGUCAAGCUGUCUGCACGUUGUAUCCCCGACACCACAGCAUUGAUCGCAACGUCAGGGGUGUCGACCGCCGUCGGUCUGCUACUGUCCUUAUUUUGCAUAUUAGGAACAUGUUAUUUCUGUUGCUAUGCAAGAUCACUCGGGUUCAAGUCAAAACGGGAAAUGCAGCGGCAAAUGAAGGCCAUGCAGAGACAGUUGGCUGAAGCACGUGCACAAGUCGCUGCAAGUCAAGGUCAAACUUAUAAUCAAGGUCAGGGAAACUAUUAUGCAGGUCAAGGUUCAGUAAAUGAAGGCUACUCCAAAUGGUAGCCAAACGGCAGCGAAAUACAUCGGAACAAUUAGGGAGAAACUUUUGUAAGAAGACAGUCGUAGUUAUAUGCAGAUCAUGCAGACUCCAGAAUUCGCUGGCCGUUGGGAUUGAGACAUUCGUCCCUACAUGUAUUGAUGCUCAUCCCUCUAUACAGGAAAUAACGGACAUUCUUAAACAUGUACUGGGUUCAUGUAACCAACCCAAGGGGCAAGUGUAACGAACACAAAUCAAAUACCGGACAUUAGUAAUUCUGCUGCUCUUCCUCCUCGAUUAUCCAGUGUAUCAUAUCUCCACCCCAUUGUGAUAUAUACCCUGGACCUAUUCACAAAGAUAGCUUCGCUUUGAGCAUGUUGAGUUCCGUUCAAUCAUAUCCUGUUCUUUCAAACUCAACUCAACGCAACGCAACCCGCCUUGUUGUGUACAGCCUAAAAGACAGCGGGGAACGUCUUGUAGC